CAUCAUUUCUGGAUCGAACAACUUCUUGCCCACUUCUUGUGCUUUUUUUCGGGCACGUUCGUAGACGACAAACACACAUUUUGUCUCUCUUCUUCGGACAGAGAUAGCAAAACCCGGACUCUGUAAGAGCGUGGAUUGUAAUCUGGAUCACGACCAAAGUCAACAACCAUCGCCAAGCAGCAGAAAUUAAGGAAAAGUCGACCAGCAGUACCUAGCAGCAUCAACAAAAGCAUCAACAACAGCAACAGCAACGAUGAAGAUCGUUGACUACGCCAGGUCCUUGUCGAUCCUCCCCUCCUCCAGCUCCUACGACGAUGUUCGCCCCCACCAUCUCGCCCUGGGAUACGCCCUGCUGGGCCUCGUGAGCUCCUCGAAGAUCUACAAGAAGAUCACCGGAAAGGUGUUCAACAUUCUGUCGGAUCUGACGGAAGCCUGCAUCCCCCUCGUUCACAUGGGAUUGGUGCCCGACUUUGUCAUUCGCUUUGGGAUCCGUCUACAGCUUCGGUGAGUCGAGUCKAGUCAUCAUUUUGCCAGCCAUCGAGCCACUCAGUCAGGCAGCAAGCCAGUGCAUCAGCUAUCGAGGCACCUAUUCCGUUUGCUCUUGUUGUUUGGGAAAGACACGAACCGAUUCGAUCGCCAUCUUGUUCCUCUUACGCUUGUGUUCGUAUUUUUUGUUUUCAAUCUUCUUUGGCAUCGAACCAUGACGAUCACAGGGACCACCUGAACAUCCUUGCCAGCGAGGGCGCCCAGCAGGAGCUGGACAAGAAACUCAAGAUCGUCGAAAAACUCAAGACGAUGCCCAUUGCCAUUGCCACGGACGAAGCGAACGAGCAGCACUACGAGGUCCCGGCCAAGUUCUACGACCUGUGCCUGGGACCGCGCAAAAAAUACAGCUCGGGUUGGUGGCCGACCCCCACGUGCACCUUCGAGGAGUCGGAGGUGGCCAUGCUCGAAAAAUACUGCGAACACGCCGGCGUCGUGGACGGCAUGAAGAUUGUCGACCUCGGAUGCGGAUGGGGCAGCCUGACCCUGCACCUGGCCGAGAACGUGAGUCUUUGAUUCCUGUUUUGACCGUUUUGACACAGUCUAUGCAUUCGAAGCGCGGCGCUGCCGAUUCGAAAGUUCUGGUUGUUUGUUUGCGUAUACAUGUGUUGUUUGCUUGUUGUCUCGUCACGAAUUGACAUGGUGCGUUUUUUGUGUUUCUUUCCCCAAUAGUAUCCCAACGCCAAAAUCACAGGAAUUUCAAACAGCAGUUCCCAGCGCGAAUACAUCCUUUCGACCGCCAAGGAACGGGGAUACAACGUAGACAACAUCACCAUCAUUACCUGCAACGUUGCCGAUGACAAGGGCGCCCUCGACGUCGUCGGCGACAACGAUCUCGUCAUGACGGUCGAGAUGUUCGAGCACAUGAAGAACUACGAAAUCCUCCUCGGCAAGAUUCACAAGUGGCUCAAACCCACCGGAAAGCUCUUUGUCCACAUCUUUACCCACAAAAACUUUUGCUACGAAUUCGAAAAGGGAUGGAUGAGCGACAACUUUUUCACCGGCGGAACCAUGCCCAGCGACGAUCUCUUGCUGUACUUUGCCAACGAAUUUUCCAUCGCCGAACACUGGCGGGUAAACGGACAGAACUACGAGAAGACAAGCAACGGCUGGCUGGACUACCUCGACAAGGCCUGGAGGUCCGGGGAGCUCGGGCCCGUCCUCGCAGAGGCCUACGGUGCCGGAAAAGAGCGAGAGUGGUACGUGAACUGGAGGCUGUUCUUUUUGGCGUGCGCCGAGCUGUGGGGAUACGACAAGGGAGAAGAAUGGAUCGUCUCCCUGUAUCUCUUUGAGCGGCGCUAAGCUCGUCUUCGUGCAGCACCGCGAGGCACGAGAAAUGGCGGGGAGGAAACGUCUACCUCACCAACAAGUAUCGAUCUGUAAACUCGAAAGACAAAACCAAGCAAACCGGUCCAUCCGUUUUCCAGUAUAGAUAAGAGUAGUAUACGCAUGUUUGUAAUUUCAGAGAACUCAACGAAUACGAGAAUACAAAUUGUAGCAGUGCAAUAUUGACCCUCGCAGUACUGAUCUUGAAUACAUAGCACAAUCAUAA